AUGGCACCAUUUGAGGCAUUAUAUGGACAGAGGUGCAAGUCAUCUAUUGGAUGGCUACAGGUGGGAGAAAGGAAACUUUUGGGGCCUGAAUUGGUGCAGGACACCACUGAAAACAUACAUAUGAUUUGGCAGAGGAUGUUGUCAGCACAAAGUAGGCAAAAGUCAUAUGCUGAUAAUAGACAGAGAGACUCAAAGUUUCAAGUGGGGGAUCACGUGUUCUUGAAGGUCUCACCAACAAAAUGGGUAAUGAGGAAAUACAACCCAGAUCCAUCUAAUGUAAUACGGUAUGAAAACAUCCAGUUGCAAGAUGAUCUAAUCUAUGAGGAACAACCAGUGGCUAUCCUUGAUAAGCAAGUCAAAAAGCUCCGUUCAAAGGAUGUAGCCUUAGUGAAAGUGUUAUGGCGAAACCACAUUAGUGAAAAGGUAACGUGGGAAGCCGAGGAGGAGAUGAGAACCAAAUAUCCACACCUCUUUGAUGCUUAG